ACUCGACAGCACUUGUUAGUCUGACAGGAGUGAUGUGCUUUCUGUGGAUGACGGAACGUGCAUAGAGACAUGGCGUCUUUUUGCUCUCUGUGGUCUCGAGGCUCUCACGCACCUGGUGACCACAAGCCAAUGAACGACGUAUAGUCGAUCCUUCCAUCAGUCCCGAUGAGAAUUGCCGGCGGUAAUGUUGUGAUGAACGGGUGCAUUUUCGGUCCCUUCUUGCUUGAUUGAACAGACAAUGAUGUACACACCCCUCAACUUGAUCUGUGGGAGAUUGAUUCAGGACGCUGGAGUGGAUGUUAUUUUGAUCCCGUAGGUAGCCUCGCCCCGACGACCGACUUCGUUCCUAACCACCACCAGCUGCAGUUUGUACCUGCCGUUGACGACGGCGGACCAGAUUAUUAUGCAUUGUCGGUAAUGGUGCCGUUCGGACUGAAGAUCGUCUGGUUUUCUCUGUCGCUCUCUGGGCUCCUGGGCAGUUGGGCCGCGCUCCCAGCCUUCAUAAGGACUGCACGAUCAUCAUGGCUUCCUGUUGUGUAUUCUAUCGCGAAUACCAUACUACAAGGAAUGUUUUGUCUUGGGUUGAUAUGGAGACUGGAACCAUCGCGCAUACCUCAUGCGUUUGCGGAAGCACAAACGGCUCUAAUUCAUGCUUCGUGGACGUGCAUAGCAGGAGUAUGUUUACUCGGCUCCUCAGCGACCGCAAGCUUGCCACAUAAAGGACUGUCAUGGUUGAACUCACUGCAAUGUCGUUAUGAUACAGCUAUGCGUAUCAUUUUUCUGGGUUUCUUACCUGUCGUUGUAAUUGCGACGCAAUUGGCAAUUAUCAAAGGUCUAAACGUGACUUUAGCUGGGGAUGGUAUGUUCUGUGAUGCCUUUAACCCUGUCUGGGUUCGUCUGGUGGGAUACUCAGGUCUUGUUCCGUUCCUCGCAAUUCCCUCCCUCGUCAUCUCCGUUACAACUUCGAUCCGAAUCAUUGGAUUCCGGAGAAAUAACCCCGGUCCUGACGAUAAUUUUACCCCGCUGCCCAUUUCCCACCGAUUCCGACAGAGUUCUUGCCCAAAUACGCCAGAAACUCGACAUUCAUCCCCUGAGCAUCGGCGUACGCCCACUGCCCCGACACCCACAGACAAUGACUGCUCUCUCCGCUCUCUAACUCCGAGUUUUUAUGCCAUUCCUUCACGUCCACAUACGCCUUCCUUUGCACUCACUUAUAAUCCACCGGGUCGAGCACGUAUCACCGUGAGCGGAUACAAAUAUCACCUCCCCUCGUAUUAUCUUUCACCUGCUAGUCCCUCAUCUGAUGCGGCCUCUCAAACCUCUCAAGCGAGAAGACCUUCGACUGACCUUAUGACAGAAUCUGGAACCUCUACGCGUUCAAAUUCUCACCUCUCGUCGGUCUCGCCCAUUGCAUUUGCCCCUUCAUCCGAGACGGGCAGUAUCAAGGCACCCUCCAAGAAUCUCACUAGGGGUACUUCUCCGGCAAUGCCAUUGCCAGGUGACAUGGAAAAAGGGUCACUGAGACAAACUACGACUCUCAAUGCCGUAUUUUCAUUCGACGGAAGCUUUCAUACUGAUUCUGAUGAUGCGGUCAGCGGGUCCAUCAAAUGGGCGAGAAUGUCUAUGGAGUCGUCUGGUCGAAAGUCCGAGAUGGAGUUUGCGAGGAUUACAGAUGAGAUGGAUGAUCUCUCUUACCCUCGAAAUUCUCCCAUGAAUUAUCCAACUCCGACGCCACAUCACGGUUACGAUGAUCCAUCCUCUCGACAUAUGCUCAUCUUCUUUCACUUGUUGUCUGUCAUACUCAUAGUUGGCGCCAUCACUUCUCUCGUUGACAUGAUCGGUAGACGAACCUCAUCUCCCAUUGCUUUUGGAACCCAGCAUGUCGCUUUGAUUUUGACCGCAUGGGCCCCCUGUGUUGCAUUCGGGAUCCCUUUACCACGUCGGCGAACUAUCCGGUCAUGAAGGUUUCGUUCGUUCAAAUUCCACGCAAUUAGAUUCGUUCUGAUCGCAGCACUCCUCAUUCGCUCUUCAUUCCCGUCCUCCGUUCUGCUUGACCCAGGUUAAUUUUACCCCUGUGUAAGCUAGCUGCCCCCUGCUCUCACCCACUCAUUCGUAGGUUUCGUGAAUCAUACAAGAUGAAUUCAAACCCCACUUUCCCUUUCAAUAUUCAACGCCCCAAUGAUACCCAAUUGCUGAAUUGUAGACUACCAGUUCACUAAUUGUAGCUCACACAGCUCGCGAAUUUGUGAUCACCCCUCUUUCUUUUCAUAUUUCUGUUUUCAGCAGAAUGUGCAUUACUAGAAUGUACUGUCAGGAUACUCCACUACAAUACAGAAGGCAUGUUGAAGCCGGUGAAUCGUCUAAGUACUAGUUGAAAGCGAAGUCGGAAGAAUUGCGGUAAAGAGCUCGAAUGUGUGUAAGUAAAUAAGCCCAAGUAUGAUGCCCGUGAAAGAAAAGAUAGAGAUCAGAAACCACGACGAGACACAAAGCU